AUGACGGUACGAAAGACAAAAUUUGAUCCAGAGGUUCUUUUGAGUGCUCCUCGCCGCUCAGCAUGUAUCCCGAACCCAGCAGGAACUCUCAUUGCGUAUACGCAGUCAACAUAUAGCUUCGAGUCCCAUUCAUCGCAUACAGAGCUUAUCAUCCUAGACCUUGCCUCCAAGGACACUAUAGUCCUUACUAAUUCGUACAGUGGAACCCCACAAUGGCUUGAUAACAGUCAAUUGAUGUGGUUGAAGGAAGAGAAUAAUGGAAACACGAGCUUUAUGGUUGCUGAUGUUUUGGGUGAUUCGAAACCCUAUGUUGCUGGAGUGACUCCUGGUACUGUGUCGAAUCUCAAGACCGUUAAAUUAUCCAAUGAUCACUUUGCUUUUGCCGUCAGCGGCAAGGCGAACCUCGAUGGAACUCUCUUCAACCCAUCUAACGUGAAAAAGCCAGUAAGCUCUGGCAAGAUCUACACCUCUCUCUUCGUGAGGCACUGGGACGAGUAUACCCAGGAUGAGAAGCACACUAUAUGGGUUGGAACUGUUUAUAAGUCACCUUUUUCUGGGGCUGAAUCUCCCCAAUACAACAUCUCUGGUUUGAGGAAUGUGUUCAAGCUUUUCAAUCUUCCACCGCGUGUGGAAUCGCCAAUUCUGCCCUUUGGCGGAUCCGAUCAUUUUGAUAUCUGUCCCAAGGGAGUCGUAUUCGUCAGCAAAGAUCCUUCUCUUAACGACGCUCUUCACACAAAAUGUGUCUGCUACGUGUGUCCUAUUCCUUUGGCGGCAUUGACGGAAUCUAUUAGUCCCAUGGAAGCAAAGGUAGUCACGGCUGCUUCGCUUGAGGGGGCCUUAACAUCCCCAGUCAUAUCCCCAGUCAACAAUACCCUAGCUUUCCUUGCCAUGCGAGAAGAUGGAUAUGAGUCUGAUAAGAACAGAAUAGUCAUAGCUAAGGGCGUAUUUGACCAAGAAUCAGAACCUAUUGAGCUUUUUGCCAAUGAGAGUGGCUCAGGUGCAUGGGAUCGUAGCCCCAGCUCAUUGACAUGGUCCCAUGAUGAUUCUUCACUCAUAAUCAAAGUAGAAGAUACUGGUCGUGGCCUUGUUUUCCAAGUCCCAAUGGGGGACGCAAAGACGUUAACUACUGCCAACUUACUCAACAUCUCCUCUACCGGCUCCGUUGUCGAUGUUGCUUCCACUCCUAGGGGCCUUUUCCUCUCAAGUAGCAGCCUUGUGGAAAGCAGCUUAUACUCUAUAGUAGAGCCCAAACACCAAGGAGAAACCAAAGAAAUAUCCUCGGCCACAAACAACGGUUCGUCCUUUGGGCUCUCGCCCUCCCAGGUCGGCGAAACUUGGUGGAAGGGCGCCAAUGACCACCCCGUUCAUGCAUGGGUUAUUAAACCUUCCAACUACAACCCGCACGAAAAGUACCCUCUCACAUUCCUUGUCCAUGGGGGGCCCCAGGGAGCAUGGACCGAUCAAUGGAGCACUCGAUGGAAUCCUCUAAUCUUUGCUGAGCAGGGUUACGUCGUCGUCACCCCCAAACCCCACAGGAACACUAAAUUCUCCCUUGCGGCUGAGGAGCUGUACUUCCCUAUCCAUGACCUCAAUGGAAUCUACUGGAAGAACCCCGAAAGCUGGCUAAAGUGGGAUCCCUCCGAGUUUAUUAAUGAAUGGAAGACCCCUCACCUCGUCAUCCAUAGUGAACGUGACUAUCGUCUUACGAUCGCUGAAGGCCUUGCCCUUUUCAACGCACUUCAACUACGUGGCGUGGAGAGUGCGCUUUUGACCUUCCCAGAUGAGAACCAUUGGGUUAUCAAGGCCGAGAACUCCUUACUUUGGCAUAGGGCAGUUAUCAACUGGAUCAAUAAAUACGCGGGACUCCCUCUAUGGCUUGACAAGGACGGAAAUAACUGUUUCCCUGAAAGCACGACCCCACUGAAAUAG